AUGGGAGACAUAAGGGCAAUGUUUCACCAAGGUAGAGUCCCUCGUGAGCAGAGAGACUUUCUUCGCUUCCUGUGGUGGCCAGAAGGAGAUCUUAUCCAACAUCCUACGGCUUACAGGAUGUGUGUUCACUUAUUCGGUGGGACAUGGAGCCCAAGUGUUUGUAGUUUUGCCCUUAGACAUACAGCUGAAGAAUUCAAGACUGAAUAUUCUCCAGAAGCAGUGGAUGCUGUCGGUCGUAACUUCUAUGUAGAUGACUGUCUCGUUUCAUGCAAAACAGAAGAUGAUGCAAUCAAGCUUGUAGCUGAACUCAUGACGCUGCUCAAGAGGGGUGGAUUCGAAGUGACCAAGUGGAUAAGCAACAGCCCAGCUGUGAUCAAGUCUGUGUCUUUGGAAGAUCGAGCUAAAAACAUUGUGGGACUCGAUUUGAAUCGGGAUGCCUUACCAGCAGAAAGGGCACUUGGAUUAACAUGGGAUGUAGAACUGGACUGCAUCACCUAUAAGAUCACCCCCAAGGGCAAACCUGUAACGAGGAGGGGAAUUCUGAGUGAGAUAGCAUCAAUAUAUGACCCCUAUGGAUAUGCCAGUCCAUUCGUCUUGGUUGCCAAGAAAAUCCUCCAGGAUCUAACUGCUCUGAAGCUUGGAUUUGAUGACCCAGUUCCAGAUGAACACCAUUCCAGGUGGCUAAAAUGGAAAGAAUGUCUUCCCUUAAUGAGCAACUUCAGAGUGAGAAGGUGUUUCAGACCCUUUUGA